AUGGCAAAACCCAGGCAUUUUGUAGCUGGCAUCAUUGCCUUGGCAUUGAUAUUCUUCAUCUGCACAUCUUCCCAAAUCUCGGGCUUUCUGUACCCUGCCCAAUCGCAGACCAGCGCGAGUGUGACGCAUACUGUGCUCUUCCAGUUCAGCGCCAAAGCAACGGCUGACGACGUCAAGGCCGCUUGUGAUCGCUUCCUUGCGCUCAAGGAGAGCUGUAUUCACCCGACCAAGCAGGCGCCCUACAUUAUCUCCCUCAAAGGCGGCAAAGACAAUUCCCCUGAAGGGCUGCAGGGCGGCAUCACCCACGGUUUUGUCGUCGAGUUCGCCUCCACUGAGGAUCGAGACUACUACGUCAAGACAGAUCCGUCCCACCAGGCAUUUAUCAAGAGCAUUGGCGAUCUGGUUGACAGAGCUGUCGUGGUUGAUUUUAGAGGCUGCCUGCCGGCUCCAAUCAUGAGUUACUGCGAGCCCACGGAUGCAUCCGCAGAAAGUGCGUUUGGUCACACGCACAUCGUCGAGCCACAGAAGCAGCAUACUCACACCGCCAUCGUCCUUCACGGCAGGGGAAGCACUGGGGAAGAGUUUGCCGAUGAGAUUCUCUCGUCUGAACUUUCGGACCGGCGGACGCUCCCUGAACAUUUUCCAACCUGGCGAUGGGUCUUUCCAUCGUCUCGGACAGUCUGGAGCACGGUCUUCGAGGAGCAUAUGCCUUCCUGGUUUGAUUCCUAUUCGGCAGGGGACUUGGACCUGGCCAAAGUCUCGCAAAUUAAGAGCCUGAAGGCCUCGGUGUCUCAUGUGCGCUCAGUGCUGGCUUCCGAGACCGAAAGACUGGGCGGCAGGUCUGAGCAUAUAUAUCUGUGCGGCAUUAGCCAGGGAGGAGCAGUUGGGCUUUGGACUUUGCUUCAGCAACCCGAGGACAGAAAGCUAGGGGCAUUUGUUGGUAUCAGCACAUGGCUUCCUCUGGCCGAGGAUAUCAGAGCAGUGUUGCCAGACACAAUAUCUGUUGCUGAACCCUCUGGCGGAGAGCCUGUCUCGCAUCCUCGAGAAUUGUUAGGUGGACUCGAUGGGCUCUGGACCGAGCAACAAGAGCACAAUCAGCCUCGGGAAACCCCCAUCUUUCUGGGACACGGCAAUGACGAUGCCUACGUCGAUGUGGAGCUCGGGCGUGACGCAAAGAAAGUCCUCACAAACCUCGGGUUCAACGUGCAGUGGAAAGAGUACAGUGGAGCAGAACAGGAAGGACAUUGGUUGAAGAUACCGGACGAGCUGGACGAUUUCACUGCGUUUCUUGACGGACUCUCGGCACAAUCCGUGGGAUAG